GGUGCGCUUUUAAAUUUCCGACGAAACUUUUCAAAUCCACCACCAAGUGUGCAAGUAUACUUGCGUUACCGUAAAGCUCGAUUCUCGAGCAGGCCCUUUGGGCCUGCUCUUCGAGCUCGCUAUAAUACGUUCUGUCUGCAACACUUCGAAUUCCAUCCCAGACUCACCAGUUUCGACGCACAUAACAAGCAACAUGGCCGCACUUUUUCAUUCAGUAACAUGCGUGACUAUUAGAUGUUGCAUGUGCACUAACCUUUUAUGCACUGAAUCAUACCAAUAACAUCUUAUUCUAAACAACUGACUGCCAGAAAUCAAAAGGUGAUGACUGGUCUACUAUAUUCCCUUCCCCUAACAUCUCCAUGGUUACAGACUGAGAAUGUUGAAGAUCAGUCUAAGCUUACAAAUUGUUUGAAGCUCUUAAGUCAGGAACAUUGUCCAUUGGUUUUUCUUGGGGAUGAAAACUGUGGUAAGACAGUGUUACUGUUUCAAGCAGCAGUUGCGUAUGCCAGUCAAGAUUACCAUGUGACCUACAUCAGUCGCAGUCCACUUACUCAGAUGCCAUUAUCUGUCCAUGGGAUGACGAGACCUGAGACUGCUGGUUUACUCAAAACUCUAACAUUCAUGUAUAUGAAUAAAGUACAAAACCUGAUAGAAUAUUGUGCUGCUAUUCACUCCAAGUCUCUUGUACCUGAUAUGGUGAUUGUUGAUGACCUAGAAUAUUAUCUGCAACAGUCUGUGGAUCCUAGCCCAGAGGUUGGAUGUGCGAGACUGUGUGCAAUACUUGAAGAUACGUUAUCAUACAUUCAGUCAAAGAGUGGAGCUGGGAUGAUGAUGUUAGGAUGCCGCAGAAAACAGCAAUAUGUUGACCACACCUUAAAACAGUUCAAAUUGGCUGUAGCAGAUAUAACAACUGAAAAUUUUCAAGAGAAGUUGUACAACUUAAAUCUGCAGGGAAGGACGGCAUCAUUGAAUCUGAUGUACCAGAUACAAGGUUCUGGUUUAUUUGUGAAGUGUGCAACAGCAGGAUGUCACGAUACUUGAAAGAGUCAUGGUCUUCAGGGCCAAGUCUUCAUGGCUGCUAGAAUACUUCAGGAUUUAAAGGGAAUUGUGGGGUAUAAGAUGGAAGAAUACGUUUGGAUAGGGUUAUGUUUUGGUGUUUAAGAGGGAAAAAUGUGAUGGGUAUGGUGAUAUUUGUACACUAAAGCAUGACUAAGGCAGUGGGAAAAUUUGCUUAAGAGCCCAGUCAUCUUGAUCAGAAUAGAACCGUUACUGAAUAAAAUCUGAAAGAAAGAUCAGUAUGGUGGUCUAAAAUCUACAUAAAUUAAGUCUUAAAUGGGUGAUGGACUUUUCCACCAAGACCCAUGGUUUAGGACUGUAACUGGACUAGAUGUAACAGAUAGACUUUACCACCAGGAUCACGUGGAUUAGAACUGUAACUGGACUGGAUGUAACUGAUAGAAUUUACCACUAGGAUCACAUGGAUUAGAACUGUAACUGGACUGGAUGUAACUGAUAGACUUUACUACCAGGAUCACAUGGAUUAGAACUGUAACUGGACUGGAUGUAACUGAUAGACCUUUCCACUAGGAUCACAUGGAUUAGAACUGUAACUGGACUAGAUGUAACUGAUAGAAAUUAUCACCAGGAUCACAUGGAUUAGAACUGUAACUGGACUGGAUGUAACUGAUAGAAUUUAUCAUCAGGAUCACAUGGAUAAGUACUGUAACUGAAUUGGAUGUAACUGAUAGAAUUUAUCACCAGGAUCACAUGGAUUAGUACUGUAACUGAAUUGGAUGUAACUGAUAGAAUUUGCCACCAGGAACACACGGAUUAGUACUGUAACUGAAUUGGAUGUAACUCAAAGAAUUUACAACCAGGAACACAUGGAUUAGUAAUGUAACUGGACUGGAUGUGACUAAUAGACUUUUCCACUAGGAUCACAUUGAUUAGUAAUGAAGCUCAACUUAAAACAGUCACAGUGAAAUAAGUUUAGUAUGUAAGCUUCCAGAUACAGAUGUAUUAUUAAAGAAUCCUAUUAUAUAAUUGA